AUGUCGUCGGUUUUCUCAAUCAGGCGGCCUCGUGUUGCUGCUAGGUUCUUGGCUCAUCGCAGAUAUAUGCAUAGUGGUGUACCUUUAUUUCAAGCAAGACAAAGUGAUACAUCAGGGACUAAUGUCACUACAGAGUCUCUACAAGAAGAUGAAGAAGUGAUAUUCUUCUCGCAGGAUAAAGAUAUCUUACCAGAAGUGGAAAUUAAACCGUUCAGGCGAACCAAGGCGGAAACUUUGAUGAGAUUCAAUGACCGGUUUGUUCAACCAUCAAUCGAUUGGUAUAGAAAAGUUGGGAAAUCACAUGGAGAAAAUACGGAUAAAGAUGAAUUCAUGCACUUGCUGCGUAAUGAUAUUUCAUCCUCGACUUUAUUCGAAGAAACUUUGAAAUGGCUCUCUAAGGAUAACUAUAAGCUAAGGAACAAUACCUAUAAUGGUUAUGAUACACAGGAAAUUGAAUUUUAUUUCGAUCCUUCAGCUAUUGUAUCAUCGACGUUAAUGCCAGGUGAUAUUUGCGUAUUGAAAAACUCCCCGUUUGAAUUACUAGUGUGUGUUAAAACGCCGUCUGAAGCCAUGGAUGCCAGAUUUACUUUCGCUAAUACUGAUGGUAACGUGGUAUAUGCAUGGAAAACUAGUGUCCAUCUACGAUUCCCUACAAUUUUUAAUACAACCGAGUUAGAAAUUUUGCAGCGAGAAAAGCUGCAUGGUUACAGUCCAGUUGGCUCUGUAAAAAAUGAUAAAGAUGUUACUUUUGUCAUUCCAACUCUACCGCGGAGAAUGUUGAUCUCUAAUGUUACGUUUCGUAUUGCAGAUGCCGCUGUCCAACAGUUGCCCAUCAUUAAAAAGAAGUUAGAAUUGAUUCAUCGAUACUUACAAUCAGGAUCAAGUCCAUGGCAGAUACCCAUUUUGAAGUUAGUGGAAAUCUGCUCGAAUUUAGAGCUAUCCAACAACAUUGAAAAAUCCAUUGCAACAGCGUUCAUGAAAUCAGGCCUCUCAAGCGAUGCCCUAUACUCUUUGGCUAACUCUCAUUUUGAAUUAAGUUCUAAAGUACCCAAUAAGGUGGAGUGUUCUCGUUUAUUGGCUGUUUAUUGGGCUCUUUUACAUCAACAGGGCACACAGAUGUGGGGUGAAAUGACCGUUCAUAGAGGUAUAUUCUUCCCAAGCGCCGUAACUGUACUACCCUUGACGAAGCAACACCUACACUAUCAUAACAUCAUACACAAACUCAGACAGCAUGGGGGUGUUCGUAUUAAUAGAAUUGCGGCCCUCAUUAACGAAAAUGACCUUGCGUCUUUGAAUAAAUCGUUCCCAUACAUCGUUCCCUUGUUACGAGACUAUGCAGCUGGAAAUCUUGAACACAAUGAUACUAUAACAAGCUUAAUUUCCUCAUUAUUCAGAAAACUUGAUGAGUACAAAGAACUCAACAUCAGCCGAGAUGUUUGUUUCGACCUUUUGAAACGCAUAAAUCCAUCCGAACCUCCUAAUCCUCUCCUUAUCAAUCAUGAAUUACAAUUGCCGGUCAAUAAUGAAAGAGUAAAAUUAGAGCAAAAGAUUUAUGAUUUAGCUGUUCCACCGAAGAUUGAGCAUUCGGCUGAAAUCCGUACUGAGUACAAAGAUCUAAUCUGCUACUGUAUUGACAGCCCAGAUGCCCAUGAGAUCGAUGAUGCAGUGUCGAUCAAAUCAUUAGGAGGUGCGAAGUAUCGUAUUUACAUCCAUGUCGCAGAUCCAGCCUCCCUUUUUCCUGAAGCAAAUGAAGAUGGUACUACGAUCAACUCUCCCGUACUUGAUAUUGCUUAUCAACGUGCCUUUACAACAUAUCUUCCAGAUAAAGUUUUCCCAAUGCUUCCAACAACUUAUGCUAGGUCCUCUGAUUUGGGUCAGUUUGGUAAGCCUACUAAAGCGGUUACAUUCUCAGUCGAUUGCACAUUUUCUAAGAGUAAAGGAUUGUGUCUUUUGAAAGAUUCUUUGAAAGUGGAGUUGUCAGUACUCCACAAGUCCACUCGAAUAACUUAUGAAGCAGUGGAUGAACUGCUUGAUGAACCAACCACAAAGCCUAAGUCUGGCAAACACGAAGACCUAAAAACUUUAUUCUAUAUUGCUAAAGCAUUGAGAAGGCAGCGGAUAGUCGAUGGUGGUGCCGUUGUUUUCGAAAAUUCUUCAACAGGGAUAGUUUCUUUAUCCCCUGAUGACAACUCUGAGUUGGUGGAAGUUUCAUUCAAAGAUCAAAUAGAAACAAAAUCAACAAUUCUUGUCUCAGAACUUAUGAUUCUUGCUAAUUCUUUGACUGCGUCCUAUUUCGAGGAAAACCAAAUUCCAGGUAUCUAUCGGGGUUACAGACCCUUGAAUGUGGUUGAGGAUGCAACAUCUGUUCCUGAAUGGGUCAAAGCCAAGACCCAAGAAAACAAAAUCAUUUCAAAAGCUGACAUUGCUAAAAUGAAGUCCUUUUUGACUAGUAGUUUUUAUUCUAGUCUUCCAACGCCUCACGAUAUGCUUGGUACCUCUCACUAUUUGACUAUUACUUCUCCGUUGAGACGUUUCCCAGAUUUGGUAAACCAUCUACAAUUGCAUAGAACUUUAAAAGGACUUCCGCUUCUUUAUAAACAAUCACAAUUAGAUGGCAUGGUGUGGCAUAUAUUGACAAGGGAUGUUACCUUGAAAAACGCCAGUGUUGAUGCCCAAAGAUAUUGGACUCUAAGAUUUUUGAAGAAGGAAAUUGAAGAUCCGACGAAAAAUAACUGGAAGUUACAGAUCACUUCCUUGACCGAUAACGGGUAUGCACAUUGUGUUAUCUUGGACAAAGCUUUUGCCGUUGGUCAACUCAAGAUCAACCUUAACAAAAACCCGCCCCUGGUCGGAGACCAAAUUUCGGACUGUGAAAUAUCUAACAUUCAAUGUCUAGAUGGAAUUCUUCAAUUUGAACCAACAUCCCGCUCCAAAAUACAAAAAAAAAAGUAA